CAACAAUCAAAAUUGAAGCGGCGGGUAGUUUGAAUUCUCCAUGUUCAGUGUUUCUAUUUUAGUCAGCUAUCACAAGGGGAAUAUGUUUCAUAUCCAUUCUUUGUCAAGAAAUCACUCACUAAAAAGCACAUUAUUUCUAAUAUCAGUCAAAACUGACCGAAGCACUUAUUAGCUGAGGUCUGUUUCACUGAUCCAGUUACACUGUUUUGAAAGUCCCAAUCCAUGAGCGAUUUGGAAGGCAACGUCAAUAAGUGUCACUCAAAGGACCCUUCAAAUCCAGAUAUUCACAAUGGUACUCGGAGUGCCCAUAGUAAAUCUCAUAACUGUUCAUCAAAAGAAACAGGUUCAGGUUUUAUGCUGCUUAGCGUAAAACACUUAUCAAAAGUCAAAAGGACUAAACAACGUGCAACAAGUAUAGACAGCAAUGUAUCUGAAAGGAAUGGCACAGAAACUUGUGAAACUUUGCCUUUCUCGAACUUCAGUCAAGUGGAUGGUGUUUUAAUGCCUCAGAACACUAUGUGUGAUGAAGCUAUUCAUGAUGUUUAUGGAUCCGGAUCUAUCGAAGCUGAGGAGUUUGAAGACUUUGAUGACCCAGAAGAUGAUAUUGAAAUUAACGAUGAUGGAAAUGGAAUAAGAGAUGCAAGGACAGUAUCCCAAAACUGUUUUGACGUUCGCUCUUGUUCAGUAAUUCCAACCCCAGUUAAACCAUCAAAUGGUGGGGACAUCUGUCAGGUAAGUCUGUUUAAGUAAAUCACUUGCUAACAGUAUUUGUAUUCAACAGUUUAACUAUCAAAUAGCUAUAUUGAUUAGAGAUGCCUUUAGUUCAUGUGUAAUAUUGUGUUUUUAAUAAUGUUCCUGAGAGAUUUCUGGAAAGAAUAUUUUCGAUCUUGAAAAAAUGUAGAUAUUUUACUUUAUGUCUUUUAAAGCGAAUCUACUAUACUAGUGUCACUGAAUAACUUGCUACGGGAUGAACAACGAUUCCAUCCAUCUACAAACUCUCAGUCAUUUGUAAAGCCAUUGAACGGUCGUUUCAGGCCAUAUGAUUCUGCUGACAAAGUUUAUGGUAAAAAGUUCACAUCUAUGUAUCAAGAUGGCUACCAACAAAACCAUUGUUUAUCUCCCAUAACAAUUCCGACUUUUGGAUAUCCUAGAAAUUCAGAAUGCCUCCAACCUUUCCAGAGUGAAUCUAUUUACCCUGCAUAUUCUCGUGACCCAUGUGACCUAGUUUCAAUAAACCCUAUCAUAUCGAAUAUAGUGUCAUCAUCAGAAUCUCCGCUCCAUGUUGAUUACUGUCCAUCUUCGAAACAAAACCUAAACAUCGCGUAUCAUUUACGUGAUCAAGGAACAAUACCUGACCCUCACGGGUUUCGAAUAAAUUCGGACGUGUCGUACUCCAGGUCAAUAUGCAAUAUGGUCAGUAAUAAUUAUUCGGAUCCUCCAAAUACUUCAAACUGGGUAAAUUUAACAAAUGUACUGCAUCCUACAUAUCAUAUUGGUCUAUCUCCUCAUUCCAGACACGGUAGCUAUAAUCAACCAAUAACUUGUCUGCAUCACCUACACCCAUCAACAUCAUCGGGCAACACAGCGUCAACUGUGUCUGUAAACAACCAUUUAACGUCGGACGUCGUUGCUAUGGCUGCAGCGUCACUCCCACCACUGCAACCGGCCUCAAGAUUUCGUAAGGCUCGGAUACAUGAAACCGUAGAGCAGUGGUCCUAUGGUCGGUUUUCUGUACACGAUUGUCAUUUAAAAGCUAUCCCUGACUGGGUUAGUGAGCUUCAAAAAAGGUCGUUUGUACGCGAGAAAGCUGUUACGACUUUGGCAAACAAAAGAAUCAAGUGUUUGUCAUGUUUCAUACCAAAAGGUACUGAAGAUAAAGAAUUAUCUGUGUUCCCACGAGCCACACAUGACUCUGCACAUGUCGGUGCUUCUGUCGACCCACAUUCCAGACACGCUCAUGAGAAAGUAGAUGCCCUGGAGAAUGAAUUAGAGGCUCAAUCAAUGGUUUUGAGUAAUGGGUUUGCAGGAACUAAUCUUUUCUCUUUUUGGAAUAAUGGUCUUCGUGUUCAUAGUCAAGUUCCUUUCACGGCUAUUCACAUACGCAGUUCUGAACCAGUUUAUGAUUCUUGUGGGAAUUGCGAUAACGCUUCGCAAGAUGUCAUUGAAUUGGAAUGUAAGGAUCAGUCAACCUGUGCAAUCAAUGGCCAUUACGAACAUUCCGACUCUGUUGACUCUUCAUCGCAAAGAGAAAAUAGAAUUCAGGGUGACAAAAUCGAAUUUCCAGAUAGUUCUGCAACUCCUCUAUAUGCUUCAGACCCUGCUACUGCGUAUUUGCGUCGACAAAACAUGGGUAUAUCAAAUUACGUAAAUAAGCUGUCAAUUGUUACGGAGUUGGAACAACAUUAUGAUGACUCAGCAACUGCACCUCUAAAAACUUCGAAUAUGGCUACUCUCACCAAAUUAGAUUCCACCUAUAUGGAUUCCAAAAAGGUUUCCAACCGUACCUCUGAAUGUGGCAAUUCGCAUAUGGAUGAAAUUUGUUGCUGUAAAACUUCGGAAGCUAUUUCAAAUAAUGCUCCUCCAGUUAGUCCAAAUUCUAGUUUCGUUCCCAACAGGCCCCAUCAAAUUCCACUUGAAUUACAAAUUUCAGCGGAAAUUUCGAAAUCUAGACUCCGAUUGUUGGACUUACUACCUGAUGAUGAUAACAACCUGGGACGCGAAUGUACUAACAUAUUAUCUAUAGAUCCAAAUGUACAACGUCUGAUAAAUACGGAAGGUGCAAAACUGAUCAACAAAUGCGAAUCUGAAUAUAGUUUUUCAAAAUCUAACAAUUCGGGUGGUUUUUCUAUGAAAUCAUUAAAAAAUAGUGGAUCUUACUCUCAAUCUUGUCGCCGUUCAAAAAGCUUUGAUGACAGCUCGUGUAUCAGUCGUUUGAAUAGAAUUAAAAAUAAUAGGUUGUACAAUUCUGACAUCGUUAAAAGGACAUGCGCUCCUUUAACUGUUAAUAAUGUGACCAGUUCUGGAUCACCAAAAGGUAUAAAGUUCCCUAGCGAUUUUGCCGAGGAAGUUGAAUACUACCAAAAUUCCAGAGAAUCUUCGCUAUUAUCAGAUCGUCUCGAGGCUCGAAUCCGUGCUAGUAUGGAGGCCAUUCGUUCGACGUUAGUCAAUAGUUUUCGAGAUGAAUUGGCAACUGUUCUGGCUGAGAAUGUCAAUUUACGUUCAGAAAUAACUCGAUUAAACUCAGAGUUAACGCUUAUCCGAAGUUAUCAGCAUGCCUUCUUUGCUAUUCGACCAUUUGUCCCACCUGGCUUAUGGGAAAAUAUUUGUGUUCAACAAGGAUUACCUGUAUCAUCUUUUGAUUCAGAGUACCAAUCACCUUUUAACCCACAGGUUUCCCGGUAAACAACAAAUCUUCAUCGCUAUCAAACAAAGAGGGUUUUUCUAUAAUUUCCCAUAAAUUGUCAGUGCAAUAGUUAUCCCCACGGCGAUUUCGGCCGCCAAAAUCCUGAUCUCACUGCUACAAAAAACACGCAAAAUGUUUUAUCAAGUUGAUUUGCUUCCUGUACAAGAUUUUUCAUGUUUCUACCGAUUAUAUUUUCGUUUCUCGUUUUUUUUUAAUGUUACUCAAGUUAGCUUGAGAUAAUCGUUUUGUUCUUCGAGAUCUGCAAACAAGUAUUUAUCUGCCAAAACAACUAACGAUAACUUACGCCUUCGAUUCUGUUCUACUUCGCUUUUUAUGUUAGCCUCUUUUUACCAGGCUCUUUCAUCCCCGCAACUAUCACUUGGUGUUGCUGUUUGAGUUCAGGCUGUUUUGACAACAGUAACUGUACACAUUUACGUGAACACCCUGCCAUGCUUUCUCAAGUAUGUAGGCCUGAACUGUGAUUUUCGAAGACUACUUGUGAUGUUUCCAUGUUUGUAUUAAAGCGAAACAUGUACAGUUUUAUAGAUUGUAUUUUUGUGUCUUAAUGGUACUCUCGAUUUCUGAUUCUUUUCUCUUUUCACCUUAAUAUUCUAAUUUCGUGAUGACUGGUAAAUAUUUAUGCUAAAGUAACGUAGUCAAUAUGUGUUCAUAAUUUGAAUUUUUCAGUCACUUUUGUCAGUAUGUACACAUCGUUCGUCGUUCCCCUCAAUUUGCUUAUUGUUGCACUGUAUUCACGUCUUUUAUUCGCUCUUUUUGUCUUAUCGGCUUCUUUUAGUACAUUUUCGUUCCUGGUGAUGUUGCUUGUCAAAACCUAACUACCCACAUAUUUUCACUUCCAACUCGGACCUUUGUUUGCGAACUAUGUAUCAACAUUUUCUACCAUCAAUGGCUUCGAUGAGAUUAUACAUUCCUAAAGUGACCAAACUCACUUGACAUGCUUUUUUAAAAAUUCAAAUGUUUUGUGCCUAAACAGCUAUGCAUUUGUGCCUGUCAUUGGUUCGAAAUUUUUUGAAGCGUUUGAAUUUCAUUUUACCGUAAUGGGAGUAUUCGAUUCUUUUAUUGCAUGGCUUCAUGUUUCGUUAUUUUGGUUUUCGUGUCAAUCAAAAUUCGUGGAUUCUACAAAUUUUUAGGCCAGAUUCUGUAGAAAGGUAAUUGUACUUAAUAUCAUGGACUAGUCCUUUUUGUGUUUAUCACUAUAAUUCAUUGUAAAUAAUUUUUGCAUUGUCUGUGAUUCUAUUGUAAAUGCGCACAAAAUUGUAAACGUAAGACCACCUCUUUUGGCCUUUUCUGUUAACCUUUUGUUCUGUCAGUGUUCCCAUCCAACUAGUCAAAGUUUUAAAAUAUUCAACUUUGACGUUUAUGUACUUAAUGUAGAUUAGUAGACUUCAUUUGUUAACUUUAUUGGCAUUUUCCAGGUAUUAAUAUUAGUCAACAUUCCUAAAUUCACUGGUAGUGAAAUAUAUUUGAAAAAAAAAACAGUACUGGAAGUAUUUAAUCAUAAUAAACUUAAUUGCUACUCAU